UAUGACACAGCCCUGGACAGCCAGUCACUGGGCACCCUACAGCCAAUGGCGUAUCACACGGUUAACCGCAGGUAUCGGGAGUUUCUGAACUUACAGACCCGUCUGGAGGAGAGAGCCGAUCUGCGCAAGUUUAUUAAACACAUUAAAGGGCCCAAGAAGUUUCUUCCAGAUUUGCCAUUUGGGAACAUGGACACUGAGAAGGUGGAGGCAAGGAAGAGUCAGCUGGAGUCUUUUCUGAGGCAAUUGUGCGCGGUGCCGGAGAUCGCCAGCAGCGAGGAGGUGCAGGAGUUCCUGGCUCUGAACACGAUGCCAGGAUUGCAUUUGUCAAGAAGCCAUUCCUAUUCUCCCGGAUUGAUAAGUUGUGGUGAUGCCAUUGUCGACUGUUGAAAACGGCAUUUCCCCGAUCAAAGCACAGACCAAAGAUGGAGCUGAGUGAGAACGAGGUGGAUGGCAAAUCUCAGAAUGACAAAAAAGCAAAAGUCUCGUCUGCGUUUCCCAUCCAGUAAAAUCGCCCCGGUCCUGAGCUCAUGUGACGUCCAGGAGAAAAUCCUGUACUCCGUCCGGGAGGGCAGCACGGUGAGACCACAUAGGACAUUACAUAUAUGA